AUGGGCGGUCUCACUUAUGGCUCCUCUGGAGCCGGCACGGCUCUUGUGGUCAUCGGUCUUUGUACGCAACACGCGAUUGGGAGCACGGCCAAGAAGAGGCAAGCUAACAUGGCCCGACACAGACAUGCUCUUCCAAGGCGAAGGAGAGGCCUUUAAUGUCGGCGCUUUCAUCGAAUCGAUAUCACCCUACGCGUGGGCAGCGACCGGAAUCGCGCUUUGUAUUGGUCUGUCAGUGGUGGGAGCAGCAUGGUCAGUGAAAGAGCAAGAGGAGACAUCGCGGGUCAGGUCAAGAAGGAGCUAAUAAGGAGUGAUAUGGCAGGGGAAUCUUCAUCACUGGCACAUCGAUUCUUGGAGCUGGUGUCAAGGCACCUCGAAUCCGGACUAAGAACUUGAUCUCCAUCAUCUUCUGCGAAGUCGUGGCCAUCUACGGCGUCAUCAUCAGCAUCAUCCUAUCCUCGAAACUGGAGCCCGUCUCGGACGAGGGUGUAUACUCAGCUGGAAACUACUUUACUGGCUUUGCGCUCUUCUGGUCAGGACUGUUGGUAGGAGCGUGCAACUUGGUGUGUGGAAUCAGUGUAGGGAUAAACGGGUCAAGUGCUGCAUUGGCCGAUGCGGCAGAUGCGAGCCUGUGAGUGAAUACGGAAAAGCCUAAGCAGUGGAACCGAAGCCUAACAUCUUGCAGGUUUGUGAAAGUUCUCGUCAUCGAGAUCUUCUCCUCUGUGCUCGGACUUUUUGGUCUGAUCAUCGGAUUACUCCUCAGUGGAAGCGCGAACCCUUUCGAAUCAGCUGCUGGAAGCUAG